UGCGACAGUAUCCAGCAUGGCCGCGCUGUGAGACUGAGCUCAGCAGCGGAGCGGAGAGCAGUUCUCGUUUUAAAGCUUAUUUUAAUAUUAAACAAACAGAUUAUUAAUUUAUAUCCUUUAUUAAAGAGCGGAUAAUCAGUGCAGUCAUGUGUGAGGUGGAUGAAGAAAACAGCGGCUGUUUACAGAGCAUAUCUGUACCGGCGGUGUGUAAGACGUGUGUGAAGUGUAAGGAGAACACGGCUGUGUUGAUCAUCCGAGUGGGCGAUGCCUUCUGCAGGAGCUGCUUUAAGGAGUACUUCGUCCACAAGUUCCGGGCCAUGCUGGGGAAGAACCGGGUCAUCUUCCCUGGAGAGAAGGUUCUGUUGACGGUUUCUGGCGGGGCGGCAUCCAGCUCCAUGCUGGCACAGGUUCAGGAGGGUUUAGGUCGAGAUGCACCCAAGAAGUUGAGAUUCAUACCUGCCAUUAUCUACAUAGAUGAGGGGGGUGUGUGUGGUCAGGAUCCUGAGGAGAGGGAGGAGACUGUCGCUCGGUUGGAGACCAUCUUCAGGAAGACUGGGUUCCCUUACCACAUAAUCUCCCUCGAGCAGGUGUUCAGUCUGCCCAGCUCUGUGCUGGAGCCCGUGCCCGGCGGUGCCCGGCAUCCAGGCGGUGAUUAUAAAGCCGCAGUGGAUCAGUACAUCCAGCAGAGUAAAUUAAAGCAGAAGAGAGGAGAGGCCUCAGUGGAGGAAGCCCAGGAUUCACUGACCCGUCUCAACAUCUACUCUCCACCCAGCCCAGAGCACACCCAGACCCUGCAGAGACUCUUCUCCACCCUAAAGACCCUCACAGCCAAGGAGGACCUGCUGCAGACCCUCAGGCAGCACCUGAUUCUACACACUGCUCGAACCCACGGCUACUCCAAGGUGAUGAUGGGGGACAGCUGCACUCGUCUGGCCAUCAAACUGCUCACUAACAUCUCUCUGGGACGAGGAGCGUCUCUGGCCGCGGAUACGGGUUUCUCGGACUCUCGUUAUGGAGAUGUGGUGGUCGUGCGACCAAUGAGGGAUUACUCUUCCAAAGAAAUCACUUUCUAUAACAGGCUGUUUGGAGUGGAGUCUGUUUUUACCCCCAGUCUGGACACUAAGGCUCCAGAUAAGGCGAGUAUCCAGCGACUGACUGAGAGUUUCAUCAUCAAACUGCAGGCUGACUUCCCCUCCACUGUUAGCACCAUCUACAGAACGAGUGAGAAGCUCCACACAGCCAGUUCUCCUCAGAACUCCAGUGCUGAACCUUCUGCCAAGUGUCUCCUCUGUCUGUGUGCUGCCGACACCAAAGCAGAAGAAGCUUCUGCGUUCCAGGCCACCCUGCUGUCUGAGAGGCUGUCUGUGGGCAAGGCCCAAAGUGACCCCGCCCACUCAAACCCCGCCUCCUCGAACCCCGCUGGGUCCUGCUGUCAGGAGCAGGGAUGUGGGGCUGGAGGCUGCUGCUCUACAUCCAGGAUACCUGCACCUACAGAUCUGAAGACUCUCCUGUGUUACAGCUGCAGACUGACUAUCAAAGACCUGAUCACAGUGGAGGCUCUACCGCACUACAUCACGUCUGAAGCUGAAAAACGGCAGAGGAGAGCUCAGAUGAAGGAGGAGAUAGGCGAGUUCCUUCUGGAUGAAGACGAGGAUGCAGAAUAGCAGCAGUCCUGUGGACCUGAUGUGUGGUGGGUGUGGGUUUCAGUGGGAUGUGUACAAAUAUUUGGAGGUUUUAUUUACACCGUGUAUUCUUUCUUUAAAUGCUGCUCGACCAACCUGCUUUAUUUUACUACAAUUUUAAUUUAAUUUUUAUUUUUAAUGUAAUUAAAUUCAUUGUAAAGAUUAAAGUCCAGUUGUUUUAAACAGCA